GGGUCUGUGCAUAAAUCGGUGGCGCGCGAGAUAGAGACAGAGAGUGAGAGAAAGAGAGAAAGUGGGGGGAGCAAAAGAAAUAGAGUGAGAGAGAGGGAAGCUCGACGCCCCAGGCGAGGCACAGUCGCGCGUAAGGCCUCACUCGACGAGAGGGUUUCGAUCGCGGUAAUCGUUUCUCUCGUCGUAUCUUCACCUAUCAGGACUGUUCGGUACACGUUUAAAAAAAAAAGAUACAUAUAUAUAUUAUAUAUAAAAAGGGAAAGAGAAAGAGAGAAAAAGAGUCAGAAAAAGAGAAAGAGAGUAAUGGCGUUUUUGAGAACGGUGCCGCGAUGUUGCGCCGGUAAAAAGAUUUUGAAAAGCGUGCCACUCCCCGUGGUUGGAUUACGCGAUCAAAACGUCUCCGCUGCAUUGGUGCGACUGAUCGAACGUGGAUAUGCCACUACCGGCAGCGUGCAGCAAGCGGCGUCGGAUCAACCGAGACAGAUAGAUCCGCUUGAUUUGAAGUUUAACGACCCAGUUGCUGCCUUCAAGAGCAAGACCACCAUGGAGCUCGUAAGAGCGUACGUCGUAUAUCAAAUAUGUUCGAUUGAGUAUCUUGUCGAAAACAACAUGAAGUUUAUGAAGCUGGCGGAGAAAUUGCUUGGAGAAAAGCUCUUUACGAAAAUGAUGAAGGCAACGUUUUACGGACACUUUGUAGCCGGUGAGGAUGAAGUACAAAUCACACCGGUUCUCGACAGGUUACGGCAAUUCGGGGUCAAGCCGAUUCUGGAUUAUUCAGUUGAGGAAGAUAUAUCGCAAGAAGAAGCCGAGCGCCGUGAAAUACAGGCCUCCGUGUCGGAAGCAGGUGAUGAGAAAACAGAGGGACCAUUGAAGAAGUAUCACGUCGAAAAAUCGUUUGCCGAUCGUCGUUACAAAGUAUCUUCGGCCAGGACAUAUUUUUACUUAAACGAAGCUUCUUGCGAACGAAAUAUGGAUAUUUUCAUUAGGUGUCUCGAGGCUGUUGCCGGUACUUCUAUGGGCGCCGGAAUCACGGCUGUUAAAUUGACAGCACUUGGUCGUCCACAGCUUUUGCUUCAACUAUCUGAAGUGAUCAUGCGAGCGCGACAGUACAUGUCGGACGUCGUGGGUGGUGAGGGUGCCGUUUUGGCUCACCAUGCGAAACCCGAUGAUUUUAAGAAAAAGUUCGAAGAGGCUCACGUGAUGGAUGCGGCACCGGUACAAAAGUUCCUUGAAAAGAUUCAAUCUGAUAAAGAAGGUGUGAUUCACUUAUUCCCUUGGAGCGGAAUUCUGGACGAAAACUACGAAUUGAGCGAAACAUUUCAAGUUCCCGACAUAAAGACUGGAAAGAUGGUGAGACUUAUGUCACAACUGACGUCGAAAGAAGAGGAGAUGUUUAGGAAUAUGAUCAGACGACUAAAUAAUCUUGUUGCGGCUGCCGACAAACUGAAUGUACGUAUUAUGAUAGACGCGGAGCAAACAUAUUUCCAGCCGGCAAUCUCAAGACUAACGUUGGAAAUGAUGCGCAAGUACAAUACAGAUAAGGCCGUGGUGUUCAAUACGUACCAGACAUAUCUGCAGGAAGCUUAUAACGAGGUAAAAACGGAUCUAGAACAGGCAGAACGUCAAAAUUUUUAUUUUGGCGCGAAAAUCGUACGGGGUGCUUAUAUCGAACAGGAAAGAGCAAGAGCCGCUGCUAUGGGUUAUCCGGAUCCAACGAAUCCUUCGUUCGAAGCAACUACCGAGUCUUAUCACAAAACGCUGAUGGAGUGUUUGAGGCGGAUGAAGCAGUAUAAAGAUAAGGGCGAAGACCCUAAGAAGAUAGGUAUUAUGGUUGCCUCGCACAACGAAGACACCGUACGUUUUGCUAUCGAGAAAAUGAAGGAAAUCGGAAUCUCGCCAGAAGAUAAAGUUAUCUGCUUUGGUCAAUUAUUAGGAAUGUGUGAUUAUAUAACGUUUCCGUUAGGUCAAUCUGGUUAUUCGGCAUUUAAAUAUAUUCCUUAUGGACCAGUGAAGGAGGUAUUACCGUAUCUUUCUCGACGUGCACAAGAAAAUAGGGGUAUAAUGAAGAAAAUUAGGAAGGAGAAACAAUUGCUGUUGAGUGAAAUAACGAGACGCUUAGUGAGAGGACAAAUAUUCUACAAACCUAAGGGCAAUUACACUCCGGUCUGAGUAUUUCGUCCUAAUUAGUACAGAGAUAUACUCUAUCAAAUUCAAGUAGUGAUUGUAAAUUAUUGAAUCUCCAAGACCUUUAAUGGCACUUCGAAUCGAGAUAAUUGAAAUAACCUGGUAAAACUUGUGGUAUUAAGAGCGAUGCGCGAGUGUGUAUGCGUGUGUGUAUGUAGCCAGAAAAGCAGGUAGUGUUUUCCUUACGUAAAAUUGCUUAUGUGUGCCCUCAAUAAGCGCAAUUUGCUCGAUAUUGCACUAUUCGGCGUAGAGUUAUAUGCGUUAUUAUAGUUUUACCCGCAUUGCGAAAAGCUACCAGCUACUGUGCUAUGGUUAUUACUGACGCGAUCGAAAGCCUAUCGAAUGCCCAUUUUCAAGUAUUGCAACUUCGUAGUUUGCCGUUAUAUCCAAGAUAUCCAGAUUAUAUUUUUCUCUUUUGAAAUAUCGGUUGUUAAUUUAUACUCGAUGAAACAUAAUUGUAACACUAAGUCUUGAACAGUGAUGAAAUCGUAGAAAGGAAGCGAUUAAAGUGCCCUCGAGCAAAGAGACCCCACGCUGAUGUGUCAUCUUUUAAUGUUUUUAUAUUUUUGAGAAUCCUAGUAUUUUAUGAUUAUAUAUAUAUAUGAUAUGAUAUUGUAUAUAUAUAUAUAUAUAAUACUUAUAUUUAAUUUAUAAUUAUAUACAUAUAUAUAAUAUACGUACAGAAUGUAUCGUUCGUUUAAAAGGUCGAAUCAUACUAUCUGUGUUACGUAUUUUAUAUAUAUAUAUAUAAUAGAAUAUAAAUCAAUAUAAAUAUUAUAUAUAUAUAUGCAUAUAUGUAUUUAUUUAUGUCGGUAUUCCGUUAAAGUGUUACGUGAAGUUAGCUCAUGUGUACUCAACAAACUGUUUUUUAUAAAUUAUAACGGCAUUUUAUUUGGAUUUAAUAAAUUAACGCAAUUAAGUGUACAUAGCACGGAUGAUGGUAGUUGUGUUAAUCUUGCGGGUCAGACGCGAAUAGUCAUGUUCCAUGCUUGCGCGUAGUUACCAAAAGAUAGCCUCGUUUUCAUGCGAUAUUAUCAAAGUGACAAUGUGAAUAAGGAAUUAAUUAUUACAUAUUCAGAGAUUCCGUUCUACGAAUUGAAAAAUCCAAACGAAAGAUAUUAUUGCAGUUGAGAUGUUAUGGUUGUAUUCCUCGUAAAAAUUGUAAUGUACAUAAAGGAUGGGAAAGGAAAGGGAAGACGGUGGGAGUGAAGGUUUUAACGGCAUGAAAAUUAGAAGAGUGGAAAAAGUGGCUCUGAGUUUCGAUGAUCGUACGUACGUUGAUAUUUACGUUGUGUCAAUCGGUAAAGUGCGAUUCAUACGAGUCGAGAUUUUACAUGGAAAAAAAAGAUUUACACAACAAAGGCGCGUAAGAUUUUGUCCCUUUUACCGAUGAGAGAGUCACUUUUUCUUUUACGUACAUUAAUUACACGCGUUGAGAUAUAAUAUUAUAAGGUAUAUCGUUGGACCGAAACAAGCGAGAUCGAAAGUUUCGAGAAAGAUAGACUGUUUUCUUGUAAUUUCACAUUCAUAGAGCUGAUAAAUCAUCUAUCGUUUUUUGCCUCGUUUGAAUUCAGUGUAAUGUCUGCGUUAUCAUCGGUACGUAGAAGAAGAAGAAGAAGAAGAAGAAGAAGAAGAAGAAGAAGAACAAGAAAAAGAAGAGAUGCAAGAGUAAGGUUUAAUGGCAUGUAACGUGCAUAUAUGUAUAGAAAUGGCUCUAUGUCUCGAGAGGAAAAAUAAAAGUGAACAAUUAAAGAUUUUUAAA